AUGAUUUAUUACAAAACAACAGCAAUCAAGAGGCUGAAUAAGCUGUACAGAAAUAAUAAAAAAUGUGUCAGUUUAAAUGUACUGUCGGGAAGUUCAGCACACUAUGAGGUAUUUGAAAAGGCUCCUGGGAAUGGAGUAUGGGCUGAAGAAAAGAUUAAAAAUUCAGACAAAUUGGAUGAAAAAAAAUUGAUGAGUGGUCAAAUAUAA